AUUCAGCGGCCAUUUCUCACCCAAAAAGUCUCCUGAAUAACUGCUAGAUGGCUCUGGCAGUCAAAUCAGGAUUGAGUAGAAAUUGCGCAGUCAGUCACUCACCACUUCAAGCACGACGAAGACCAAGUAACCUCCGUAAAGAAGGCGGCGAGAACCCACAACAUGAUUGUAGUGCCGAGAAACAACUGACAUAGUCGUUAAACAAACAACAAAUAAAAGAACGUUGACAGAAAAAACAUUAAAAUGGAUAUUUACAAACAAAAAUGUUAGAACACAACACUCAUUGCGAGCCAUUAAUGCGACAGAACCUUUGGGAAACAAUAGCCUAUAUACUUAACAACACUAAAGGACUCACUUCUAGUCGAAUAUGUGGAAUUGUAUUCCAAGGCAGUGGGUGUUCAGAAGACGAGCCUAGUCUUGAAUGGACUGUCAAUGUUGACCCUGGACCCAAGCCACAAGCCAACAGAGAAAACAACAGGAGGACAGAUGUAAGAGACAUCUUAUACAUAAAACUCUCUAUUCAGAUGAAACCAUUAGAAACAAUAGCCUAUAUACUUAACAACACUAAAGGACUCACUUCUAGUCGAAUAUGUGGAAUUGUAUUCCAAGGCAGUGGGUGUUCAGAAGACGAGCCUAGUCUUGAAUGGACUGUCAAUGUUGACCCUGGACCCAAGCCACAAGCCAACAGAGAAAACAACAGGAGGACAGAUCAACAGAUUUCACAGUGUUACACAAUUAUUAUUUUAUCUAUAUUAUUCCUGCAGAAAAUUGAUUAUAUCUACAUGACUGGGGACAUCGUAGACCAUGCAAUAUGGAAUACCAGCAUUCAAAAGAAUUCCGAUGUAAUAACAAAAGUUACACAAAAAAUGAGGACAGAUUUUCCAGACACACCAGUGUAUCCAAUUCUGGGAAACCAUGAACCAAGUCCACUAAAUGCGUACGCACCUCAUUACAUUACUGAUGAGAAAGUUUCCACAAAAUGGUUAUAUGAACUGGUAGCAGACCUGUGGUCUGUUUGGUUGCCACCAGACACCAGAGAAACUAUUUUACGAGGAGGAUUCUACACUGUGCUAGCGCGGCCUGGGUUUCGAAUCAUAGUUCUAAACAAUAAUGUCUGCUACAAUUUAAACUGGUGGUUGGUUUACAACCCAAAAGACCAAGAUGGCCAGCUACAGUGGUUGGCGGACACACUGCUCCAGGCUGAAAAUGAUGGAGAAAACGUUCACAUUCUUGCUCACAUCCCUACAGGAGACACAGAAUGUCUCAGGACAUGGAGCCGAGAAUUCCACAAGAUCAUUGACAGAUUUGAAAACACGAUAAGAGCUAUUUUUAAUGGACACACACAUAAUGAUCACUUUCAUGUCUAUUACGCCACUAAUGAAUCAACUCGUCCUAUCAGUAUGGCAAUCAAUGGUGGAAGUGUAACCACAUUCAAUGACCUAAACUCUAAUUAUAAGACAUACAGUGUGGAUUCCGCCACUUACAAUAUUCUUGAUGCUGAAACCUGGAUAUUCAAUCUGACAGAAGCCAACAUAAACCCCAAUGUGAAUCCAACCUGGUAUAAACUAUACUCAUUCAAAGAUCAAUAUGGAGUGGAGUCCCUGUCCCCUAUAGAACUGGAUAAGCUCACCCAUAAACUGGCUGCUAACAGAAGUCUUUUAGAGGAAUACUCAAGGUAACUGAUUCUUGUUGCACAGUUAAAAGUUAUUACUUCACUCUGCAUAAUUAUACCUCUACUUGACUCGUUUAUUUGGAUAUGAAAAUGAUAUCACAACUAACCUUUCCGUCUCUAUAAUUAAAAGUUAAAAAGUACUUAGAAACGGAAAUAACAACUAAGAGACCAUUUAUAAAGCUUUAUGUUGCAAACAAGGAGUUUUGAGCAGAUCCAAACUCAUGGUUCCUGUCCAUUGGUCUGUACAUAUACCUGACUUAUCAGCACUGGGGAUAUUUUAUUACAAAGGCGUGUAAUAAGAAUCAAAUAUUAUGUGAAACCCGGAAUACACGCACCUUACAAAAAUUGAAUUUGUUAUUUUGUCAUUAGAUUAAUACGUGCAACAGGUCCAGAGUACAGAACAAUGUACUGGAUGGUCUAGAAGGAUAGAAAUGGACUGUCUUUAGAAAUGGGAUAGCAACAAAUUUUUGCAGCUUCAAAUGCUUUCGACAGUCAAUGAUAAAUAAACAACGACCCAGUAGCAUCAAAAGUUCAAGGAUAUUUGUGAACCGGAAGAUAACCCAUGAAGUGGGUGACGUGUAACAUCGCAGAAUGAUGACAAUGAGUGUUAUGUAUAGAGGGUUGCAUAAUCUGUCAUCAUACAGUAUAGAAAAAUGCAGAAUUUCAGUUGGCAGUUGCCACAACGUCCUCAGGAAGGAUUUGAAGAUGUACCAUAUCUACCAACACAAUGCAACAAGAAUUCUUAUGCAGGAAUAAUAUAAUGACUACAUGAAGAUCAGUUGGUCCUCCAGGUUGGGGGGUUGGU